UGAGAUGCAUCAGCAACACUCUCAUGGCCAGCUAAAUGAAGCUGGACAUGUCAGCUGGCCCAAACAGUGCAGGCGUCAUGUUAGCUCUCACAGGCGGCGAGCUGAGACGCAUCGUGGCCACGGGCUGAACUGCAAAGCUUCUACACAGCCGCACUCCAGGGGCACAUCGAAGCCUUGGCAGUCGUGUGCUCGAGUCUUAUUCACGGUCGUGAUUCCAGUUCUUUCUUGUUUCUCUGUUCCAUCGUCUUCUCCGUCUAGCAGGCGCGUCAUAAGAAUAGUAGCCUGCACCGUGUAAUUACGACGCAAUCCCCACGACUGUUCAUUGCUGGCAGUCGGCCCUACGACUCUCCUGACUUCGCACGGCGAUCUCUAUGCGCGGAGCACUUUAACAAGCGCCUUGGGACGUUUCGACUUGGAUUUACACUUCUAACUUCGCCCUGCCUUUUCUUCUAUUUCGUUCACUGAAGCACAACACGCAACGCAACCAUGGCACGAGGUCGAGGUAUGCCGUCGCCACGGCUCAUCCUUUCUUACGUAUUCGACUGGAUCAUGAUCAUCGCAAUCGCAGCGGUAGGCGCCGGAUGGGAAUACCUCACGCCGUACAAGCGCCCCUUCUCGCCAGUCGACCUCUCCAUCUCGUAUCCCUUUGAAAACCACGAGACCAUCCCAACAUGGCUCUUGGCUGUCCUCGCGCUCGCCAUGCCCGCCUUCGUCAUCUUCGUCGUUUGCCUUGUAUUCGUCCCCGGACCGACGGCUGAACGGGGAACGUCCAAAGCGCUCAUCUGGAGGAGGAAGCUCUGGGAGUGGAACACGGGCUGGAUGGGGCUGUGCAUGUCAUUGGCCACCGCCUUCCUGAUCACCCAGGGCAUGAAGCUCCUGUUCGGCAAGCCCAGACCAGACUUGCUGUCGAGGUGCCAGCCAGACUUCUCCCGCAUCGCCGAGACGGCCGUGAACCCCAUUGGCGCCGUCUUCAACCAGAACUGGGUCCUCGUCACUGACGCCAUCUGCACAAAUACCGACGAAGCCAUCAUGAAGGACGGCUUCAAGUCCUUCCCCAGUGGCCACGCCAGCUUCUCAUGGGCCGGCCUCCUCUACCUGACCCUCUUCCUGGCCUCCAAAUUCUCCGUUGCAAUCCCCUACCUCGCCCCCCGCCAGUUCAGCACAAACCCCGCUUUCACCUCCGCCGUCGCCCCCUCAAACAUGAAGCUCCGCCACACCCUCCCCCUCAACAAGCAAAACUCAUCCCUCGACGACGCCGUAGUCCCAAUCCGCUACCAAGCCGCCGCGCCCCCCAUCUACACCCUCGUCCUCGUCCUCGUCCCCAUCGGCACCGCAAUCUACGUCUGCAGCACCCGCUUCACGGACUUCCGCCACUUCGGCUUCGACUUGCUGUUCGGCAGCUUCAUCGGCAUCACCGCCGCUUGGGUCAGCUUCCGCUGGUACCACCUCCCUAUUACGCGCGGCGCCGGCUGGGCAUGGGGGCCUAGGAGCUACGACCGCGCCUGGGGUAUUGGCGUCGGUAGGGGCACGUAUGUGGGGACUGAGGGGUGGAGUAAAGCGGGUAGAUCGGAGACGGCGCACAGGAAUGGGAAUGGGUUUGCGGGUGAACAUGGGACUGAGCCGGGGAGUCAGGAUGGUAUUCUCAUGGAGGAUCGCAGGAUGCAGGGUGUGCAUGCUGUGUGAUGUUAUUUGGUUUUAGGGCACGGUUUGGGGGAAAUUAUAGGCGUUUUUAGAUUGUCGAAUACAGAGAUUUUGCUAUGGUAGUGAAUGCUGAUGGGGAGUUCUUAAUUGUUUUUUAUAGACCUACGCUGCAUAAACGUAUAAGGUCAAUCGACUUUUUCCCUAUUUAACACUUCUUGGCCGUGCUUGUUUCCCUACCAUCCCCAUUGCUCGCUUCCAACCGUUAUCCAACGCAAUGUCUUCCCUUCCAGACAAAUCCCUUCAUCGUAGUUUUCUCUCCCUGAAUUCUGGAUAUAUGCGCACUCGCGGACUCCCUGGUGGGAAGAAAAUCUUACGAGGAACGCUGACCUUGACGGCAUGGUCAAUGCAAUGCAUAGACGCUACUGGUAUUUAUGCGGUGUACGGGAUCUGCGGAUAUACGUUGUGGAGUGAGACAGG